UUUGCAAGAGACUAUCGUGUUCUCUAUCGGUCAAAUAAUUCGAUAUCUUAUCCAUAUAUCGCUAUCGUCGAUUAAAACAUUGCGCAAGAGACUAUCGUGUUCUCUAUCGGCCAAGUUGUGUUACCAAGUAACAUUUGUGUUCUCUUUCCGAAAGAGCAUUAUCUGUUCGACUUUUUCUGUGUAACAUUUUACUCGUGACAUUUGUCUCCUUCUCUUGAUGAUCGACCAUCAGAAAAGCAAAAUAUAGUGUUAUCGUUGUCCCUUACUCGACUUGUCAUUUGUUUUAUUUAUUUUGUGAACAUUUGAGAAAAUAAAAUGUCUGUAGAAACUCUUUGUGAACUGAAACGUGCGCGAGCUGUAAAGAAAGCCAGCAUAACAAGAAUCAGUUCCAAAAUAAAUAAGGAAAAACAGACAGACAACGAACUAGCAUGUCGGGUGAAAAUGCUGGAAAAAUAUUUUGAGGAAUAUCUAAAUAUCCAAGAUUCGAUAGACAGUCUAACAACUGAAGGUGAUGUGAAGGGCGACGACAACACGGAACAAGACGAUUACAGGGAGACUGUUGAGGAUUUGUAUUGCGAAAUCAAAUCUAAAAUACUUACCCUCACAGAAGAAAUGAUUCCUAAAUCAUCAAAACUUCUUCCAUAUGUUCCAUCCACACAUCAAUUUGACGACCUCCCCAAAACAAAGCCUCCAACAUUUUCUGCCCAUUCCAACAAUAAGAAAGUUCCAGCUGUUGGUAGACGAGUGUUUGAUGUGAGAGAAGCAAAUUAUGUCAAAGCCCUGCAGAUUCUCCAAGAGCGCUAUGACAACAAGUGUAUUGUUUUUCAAACACAUAUUCGAGAACUCUACAAUAUUCCGGCUGUGUCAAAGAACUCUGGCGUUCAUCUUCGUCGCUUCGUUGACGAUGUGGAUGGGCAUCUGGCUGCCCUGCGAUCGCCAGGUUCCGAUACUGAUAUUGUUAAUGCCUUGUUGAUUUAUAUCGCCUCAAUCAAACUGGAUAGUGAAAGUUAUACGAAGUGGGAAGAAUCGUUUGAUUUGAAAACAUUGCCAUUCUGGACGGCAUGUUCUACAUUCAUCAAUAAACGAAGUCAACAUAUCGACAUAAGGGAAUCCCAAAGCAAGACAACAACACCGUCAUUGAAAGGCAACGAGGUGAAGUAUAAGCAUCGAUCUAUCGCAGCUUUGGCAGUUUCCGAACAACGUUGUGUAUUCUGCAAUGUCACCACACACAAGAUAUCAAAUUGUAGCAAGUUCGCUGAACUUUCAGUGUAUCAUCGGUUUCGCAAUUCCAAGCGUAUUGGGUUAUGCAUAAAUUGUCUCAACCAUGGACAUUCAGUUAAGGAUUGCACAUCAUCAAAAUGCAAGGUAUGUAAAGAACCUCAUCAUACAUUACUUCACAGCUUUCAGAGUGCACCUCUCGGCUCAAAACCUACAAUCGACAAUGCCUGUAAUGCUGAUCCAUAUGCACCAAUAACAUCAUCUGCUCUACAUUCUGGACGUGUACAACAUUCCACAAGCAGCUACGUUUUCUUGGCAACUGCUGUCGUUAACGUAAAGGGAGUUAAUGGCGAAUUUAUUCAAACUCGUAUUCUCUUGGAUUCUGGCUCACAGCUUAAUUUGAUCUCUGAAGUUUGAAGCUAACGAAUUUCCACGGGGAAUUAAGUGCAAUCGGCAACAUUAAUAUACCAGCUCGCCAAAAGACCUCCGCAUCUAUAAGCUCGAAGGUUGGCAAGUUUGAAUUCAACCUAGACUUUUGGAUUUUGUCUUCCAUUACAUCGCACCAACCCGAAGUAUGCAUUGAAGUGAGUGAUUGGCAUAUACCAUCGGACAUUCAACUCGCGGAUCCUAACUUUAAUUGGCCUCAACGAAUCGAUAUGCUCAUCGGAGCUGAUGUCUUUUUCGAUCUGUUAGCAGAUGGCCAAAUCAAACUUGGAGAAGAACUGCCGCUUUUGAAGAACACUUUGCUGGGCUGGAUUGUUGUCGGAAAAUAUAAAGCGAAGGUUAUAUCUAACAAAAACUCAAACCCUUAUGCACAUUUGAGUACGACCAACUUCAACCCAGCCGCAGAUGCUUCACUCAAUGAGAUGUUGGAAAGAUUCCUAGAAAUCGAAGACGUCACUUCGAAUGCCCCAAAUUGGACUGAGGAACAAAUUGCUUGUGAGGACGCGUUUGUUAAGAGCAUCCAGCAGAGGUCUGAUGGUAGAUUGGUAGUUCAACUGCCAUUCAAAGAUGAUCCCAACAUCUUAGGUGAUUCGAAAAGAAUAGCUGAGAAACGUUUUUUAAGUCUCGAAAGGCAACUUGAAAAAUCUCCUGAGAUUAAGAAUCAGUAUGCAUCGUUCAUGAAAGAAUAUGAAUCGAUGGGACACAUGGAAGUUGUCCCAAUGGAUGAGGUCUCAGAUGUUCGAUAUUACAUGCCUCAUCAUUUCGUGUUGCGCCCUGACAGUUCGUCCACAAAAUUAAGGGUUGUCUUCGAUGCAUCAUGUCAAACAUCGUCAAACGUUUCAUUGAACGAAAUUUUGAUGGUGGGUACGACUGUACAAAAGGAUUUGUUUACCAUCUCGCUUCGAUUUCGCUCACACAAAAUAGCUUUGACUGCAGACAUUCCUAAAAUGUAUAGGCAAUUUUUCGUUCGGCCUUCGGAUUCCAACUUCCAAGGCAUUUUGUGGCGGGAAAAUUCGUCUCAACAAAUCCGCACUUAUCGACUGACAACUGUGACAUAUGAUACCUCGUCCGCACCCUACCAUGCCACUCGUUGCUUAUUGCAUUUAGCCGAAAAACAUCAAAACGAGUUAUCAGUUGGUGCAGCAGUAGUCAAAAACGAUUUCUACAUUGACGAUCUAAUUUCUGGAGCCGACAAUCUGGAAGAAGCUGAGAGGAUUCGUCUUGAGGUUGAAUCAGUUUUGAACAGUGCUGGACUGCAGUUGAAAAAAUGGUACUCGAACGAACUUUCAAAGAUACGAGUUCCGAGGUACGUGUUUUCACAAGAUCUUGUCAGUUGUGAGCUGCAGGGGUUUUCGGACGCAUCUCUCAAGGCCUUUGGAUGUUGCAUUUACGUUCGUGUCGAAGAUUGUCUUGGAAGAACAUCAGUUCAUUUGUUGAGUGCAAAAUCCAAAGUGGCACCUGUUUCCACUCAAAGUUUGCCAAGACUUGAACUGUGUGCUGCUCUACUUUUGUCCAAACUUCUUCAGCGUGUUCUUGAAUCCUUUGACAUAAAGUUUGACCAAAUCUUCCUGUGGACAGAUUCGGAAAUCGUUUUGGACU